AUGGUCCUUCUUAGCUGUCGCGCAAGUCCAUUCCGACGAGCAGUGUUCAGAUGUACAGCCACAUUAGCAUUUAGCAUGUCAAUGUUGGUGCUGUGUGUCGUGGUAUCACAGGAAGCAUUCGCUUACUUGACACUCCUCAGGUCCGACAUCAUACCUCUUCUAGAAGUGAGCAUGCCAAUAAUCAAUCGUAAAGCGCUUGGUGUGGCUGCUCUGAGUGUGAUCACAAUUUGUGCCCAAGUAUGGAGCGCAAACGUAGUACAAGGACAAGCGAUUACUAGAUUGCGAGUGGAAAUGAAGACAGCAUCGGAGAAAGCGCUAUUCAUGUGCUUGGCCGUAGCAGCAUUACUCAUGUCGGUGGUAUUGUCUAUUGUAUAUGCUAAGGAGUUCAAACGUGCGUUAGCAGACGGCCUUCUACGCAAAAUCGCCGACUAUGACAAUAAUCCUGAGGCUCGUUAUGUAGUCGACAAACUACAGACAGAGUACGACUGCUGUGGCAUAGGCAGCGCUGAAGAUUAUGAAGACCUAUCGACAAUAGACCUCUAUGGAAGUGUUAAUCCAAUGCCGAGGGAAAAGACGUUGCAGUCAUGCCCUCACGACGAAACUAGCUGUCUUUAUCCGCUCUCAUGUUGUCUCAGUGUGGAGUGUACUGAAUACCGAUUGGCUGAAUUGAAUAUCGAAGGCGACAUAUUCCACGAAAGAUGGUAUAAAAGCACAGGUUGUCUUUCGGCACUGCUCACGUCAAAUCAGGGAGUGCUCGAUCCGAUGCUUCCCAUUUGGCUUUUAUCUGUAGCAAUCGUCUCCGAAAUAGUUGCACUUGUGUUUGCGCAACUGACGCUUACUUCGUAUCUAACAUUGGCUGAAAGCGGUUUGAGUGAAGCCGACGAAUCGGUGGCUUGGCUUUUACCAUUAUCGUAUCCUGACCCCGAAGACAUUGUUCAGCACCUCACAGAUUGGGCCCAAGAGUUGUAUGCCCUUGACGAGGGUGGUGAUGAAGGAGAGGGAGCUGCCAUUAAGAAACCUCAACUUGGUGGAAGGUUUCCUACAAGCAGUGGCGUAAAACCUGAACAGGUAACCAGGAAUGCAGCGGCCGUAGCAGCUUUGAAGUAG